GGUCCAAACUGUUUCCGACAUCGGCUCCGAUCGAAAAUGGCGAUCAAGGUGUCGUAACCGAGCUUACGUCAAGCACCACGGGUCAAUCAACGAGUCUGAAUUACUUCUUUGGUAAUGCUCCAAGCUCGGACUUCUUUCUGUCACUAGAAGGUUUUGUUUUAAUAUUUGGAGAUUUUUGGUACAUAGAAUAAGGAUACGGUUGCAGCGCGUUUGACUGUAAGGCGCGCAGGAAAAAAUCUUGAUCAUAAGGCGCAUGACAAGUGGAUACAUGGGCCCCAGAACAGCUAUAACAGAAGAUCCAAGAUACACAUGUCUUCUUAGCAACCUUACCGUCGUCACUUCGACAGACAAAGUUUGACUAGAACUUUUGAAGCACCCUCGUCUCUUCAUUUACUCACAUCAUGCCCGCGCAGCUCGUGCCUUCAGACAAGCCCUUGACGAGUUUCAAGCUCCUCUCGUUCGAUGUGUAUGGGACUCUCAUUGAUUGGGAAGAGGGAAUAUACCGCGCGUUGAUGGCGACGCAGCCCUUCGCAACGUUGCCGGCCGGUCACGAGCUCAGAGAUCGAAAGACGCUUCUCAAGGAAGCCGAGAAGCGGGAGCGCGCCGUACAAGUCGCGAACCCUUCUGCGGAAUAUGCCUUGGUGUUAUCCGAAGCCUACAAGCGACUCGUGUCCGACUACAAGCUUGAGGCGGCCGGAGGCGUUGCUGAGGGUGCCGAGUCUUUUGGAAACUCGGUCGGCGCCUGGCCUUGUUUUCCGGACACGCUAGAAGCACUUAACCGGCUUAAGAAGCACUACUACCUUGUGCCCCUUACAAACUCGUCUCCCGACACCUUUGGGGCCAGCUUGAAGGGCCCCUUCAAGGGGUUUGAAUUCUCAGCUUACUAUCUGGCCACAGAGAUCGGGUCGUACAAGCCCGACCUGCGAAACUUCGAGUACCUUCUUUCGCACGUGAAGGAAAAGUUUGGUGUUGAGAAAGACGACAUCUUGCAUGUUGCACAAAGUUUGUAUCAUGACCAUGCACCCGCAAAGAAGAUUGGUCUUACAUCUGCAUGGAUCGAUCGCCAAGGAGCUAUGGGCUCGGCGGACGAUGCUCAGUAUGCGUGGAAAUUCAACACACUCGCGGAGCUUGCUGAUUUGGUCGACGACGCCUUCGCCAAGGAACAACAUUAGUGACGAAUUUCGCCUGUUGAUCUUUCAGUCUAGUGAUUUAUACUAGCACGAUCCUUCUAAAAUUUAAUACUCCUCACAUGCUCUUUGCUUAUCAAUCACCUCUUUUUUCCAGAAAGUUAGCAAUGACAAGAAUUGAGAGAAUCACGUGAGCCUCGAGCUUAUGCUGGCCCGCCUGCUAGCAAGUUCUUGCCCUUCACGCUCUUCCAUUCAAAGAGGAGACUGCCCAGGAAUGCGAGUCCGCCAACAGCAAUAGGCAAAAUGAACGCUGUAGUGAUCGCAUCGUUGUAUGCCUGAAGAGCCGCUCCGAGGAGAUUCUUGGGUACGACCGACCGGAAGCCUUGAGCACCCUAAAAGAUCUUAGUAUUCACGAUUGAAAGAAAUUCAUGUUUGACUUACUGAGGCGAUGAUGAGCGCCGUGUAAUCUCCAAGCCCAACUUUAGGGAGCUCCUUGACCAAUG